AUGAUCACCUCCAUUAAAGGUUGUGGAAAGAAGGUCAUUCAUCGAGUUUCACUCAAACCUCGUCUUCAGUCCUGUCAUAUCAUCCAAGCAAACAAACCCAAGAUAACUGUAACCAAUGUUGAGUUCGCAGUGAUGAAUCUUGUGGAUAUCCUAACUAUUACCAACCACUUUCACAGUAAACAAGAUAAGAGUGACCUUAUAAUGAGUGCUAUCAAUGCUGCAAAAACUUUCAUGGAUGACUACAUUAAGGAGCUUGGGAGAAUCGACAUUGAGCUCCGUCACCUUUUCAAAAUAGGUGUUGCCUCAAUCUCCUAA